AGAAACUCUACUUGAAUGAUAAAGACGACGGCCGGACAUGCAACUCAACUCCUGACGAAGACACACCAUCAAUGUACAACUUGACGUCCAAUGCAGUCUUGCCGACCAACUUCUCACCUGAAUCAGAGAGUUUGGAGGAGCAUUAUGGCGUACAAGAAGUUGAGUGACUUAAGAACAAGGGGGGGAAACUGGAACAUACAAGUGAAAGUAAUGAUUAUGUGGGAAUCGAUCAAUCCUACAACCGAUGAACUAAUCAGCCUAGAUAUGAUUUUGAUGGAUGAAGAGGGCCAAACAAUUCAUGCUUUUACCUGGAAGAACCUAAUAGACACUUUUAGAUCAAAAAUUAAAGAGCAGUCUAUUUACGCUUUCAACAAUUUGAAGGUUGUGGAAUCUAUGAAGUGUCGUCCAACGAGCAAUGAAAAUAAAAUAUUUUUUGCAUACAACACAAAGGUAAAGGAGGUUAAAGGAUCUGCAGAGGUUUUCCCAGAUUUUUACUUCAGUUUCACAACCAAGGAGACACUACAAGAACGGGCAGAAAAAGAUAUACAAUGCGCAGAUGUUGUUGGAUUGCUCACGCAGAUGAAGCCUGUGGAAAAAGACUUAUUUUUUGAUUCAAGCUCAAUGAUAGUAACAUCAGCUUUGGCACACAAAAUUAGUUAAUAGAACAUUUGUGCCUGAUGAUCGGCUCGAGAAACUCUACUUGAAUGAUAAAGACGAGGAGGUAAAGUUGUUUUCCUUGAAAAACAAAGUAUCACGUUUAUAAUUCUCUAACUAUACAUCUUACACAGGAAUUGAUGGAUGAUGAAGUGGGCACCGUGUUAAAACAUGAAAUGAAGAAGCAGAACAUGCUUGACAAAAAGUCACAGAACAAUAAAGUUUCAGCUACAAAAUUAUCAUGUGAAUUGGUUCCUGUUAAAGUGGAACCAGUCAAUAGUAAUGGAACUUCAAUAAUGAAAGAUGGGCGCCAGGGAAAAAAUACCAUCAUCGUCACAUGAACUACGCAGUGACAAGAAGAGGAGACUGAGAUCUGAUGUAGUAUCAGAUGACUCAGAGGAUGAAUGCACCAAGACAAGUUUGUCAGAACGAAAGGAAAAAAAAUGUCCGUGGAAACAAGAAAUCUUUUGUAGCAAUAGUAAAAAAACACAAGGCUUGAAGAUGAUGAUGAAGUAUGGGAAGCAAAGCCUAGGAGAACGAGAAAGUUAUCUA